CGCCGUUAGAAGAAGAGAAGAUGGGAGUUUUCACAUUCGUUUGCAAAAGCAAAGGCGGAGAAUGGACAGCUAAGCAGCACGAGGGAGACCUCGAAGCUUCCGCUUCUUCCACCUACGAUCUCCAGCGUAAGCUUGUUCAGGCUGCUCUCUCCGCUGAUUCCUCCGGUGGCGUUCAGUCUUCCUUCUCUCUCGUCUGCCCCAACUCCGCCGUCUGCCAGGUGAUUAUUGGUGGUGGUUCUGGAGGAGGAUUUGCUGCCGGUGGAGGUGCAGCUGCUGGAGGAGGCGGUGGAGGUGAGGCUGCCGCAGCCGCCAAGGAGGAAGAGAAGAAGAAGGAAGAGUCUGAAGAGGAGGAAGGUGACUUUGGAUUUGAUCUCUUUGGUUAAGUGAAGACAAAAGCAUCUAAUGUGAUAGUUUUGUUUGGUUUCUGCUUCUCGUUUCUAAACCUUUUUUAUUUUCUGAGACUAUAAAUUAUUAUCAGAAAUAUAUGUUUGGUUUCUGGUUUCAAACCAUAUUAUUGCAUUCUUAUUAGACAAGAAAUCAAGUACAAAUCAAAGGAUAUUUAUACAAGGGAGAAGAGAUGUCUUUGUAAAAAAAAAUAAAGAACGAC